AGACUGAUCGGAGAUGCGGCCAAGAACCAGGUGGCCCUGAACCCACAGAACACGGUCUUUGAUGCCAAGAGGCUUAUUGGCAGAAAGUUCGAUGACCGCGUGGUACAAUCUGACAUGAAGCACUGGCCAUUCCAGGUGGUCAGUGACAGCGGGAAGCCCAAAGUGAAGGUGGCAUACAAAGGAGAAGAAAAGACCUUUGCACCUGAGGAAAUUUCCUCCAUGGUCUUGCUGAAGAUGAAGGAAACAGCUGAAGCGUUUCUGGGUCAUCCCGUGAGAAACGCUGUGAUCACCGUGCCCGCCUAUUUCAAUGACUCACAGCGCCAAGCCACUAAAGAUGCCGGGGUCAUAGCUGGUUUAAAUGUGCUGAGAAUCAUUAAUGAGCCCACAGCUGCUGCCAUUGCUUACGGCUUGGAUAAAGGAAGCCGAGGUGAACGCAACAUACUGAUCUUUGACCUGGGAGGUGGCACGUUUGAUGUCUCCAUCCUCACUAUUGAUGACGGAGUCUUUGAGGUGAAGGCCACAGCGGGUGACACUCAUCUGGGUGGAGAAGACUUUGAUAACCGUAUGGUGAACCACUUUGUGGAGGAACUCAAGCGCAAGCACAAGAAGGACAUCAGCCAGAAUAAGAGAGCUCUGAGGAGGCUCAGAACAGCUUGUGAGAGAGCCAAGCGCACCCUGUCCUCCAGCACCCAGGCCAGCAUUGAGAUUGACUCUCUGUAUGAGGGCAUUGACUUCUACACUUCCAUCACCAGGGCCCGCUUUGAGGAACUCUGUUCAGACCUCUUCAGGGGAACCCUUGACCCUGUUGAAAAGGCCCUGAGAGAUGCCAAGAUGGACAAGUCUCAGAUUCAUGACAUUGUUCUAGUCGGAGGCUCUACACGUAUUCCUAAAGUGCAGAAACUCCUUCAAGACUUCUUCAACGGGAAGGAGUUAAACAAGAGCAUCAACCCCGACGAAGCUGUCGCCUAUGGAGCUGCGGUACAAGCUGCCAUCCUGACUGGUGACAAGUCUGAGAAGGUCCAGGAUCUUCUCCUGCUGGAUGUGGCACCACUCUCUCUUGGUCUAGAAACAGCCGGAGGAGUGAUGACCGUGCUCAUCAAACGCAACACCACCAUUCCCACCAAGCAGACCCAGAUCUUCAGCACCUACUCUGACAACCAGACAGGUGUCCUCAUCCAAGUCUACGAGGGUGAGAGAGCAAUGACAAAGGACAACAACCUCCUGGGCAAGUUUGAACUGAGUGGCAUUCCUCCAGCUCCACGUGGCGUGCCACAAAUCGAAGUAACCUUUGACAUUGAUGCCAACGGAAUCCUGAACGUGUCUGCUGUGGACAAAAGCUCAGGAAAGCAGAACAAAAUCACAAUCACCAACGACAAGGGCAGACUGAGCAAAGAGGAAAUAGAGAAGAUGGUGCAGGAGGCUGAAAGGUACAAGACGGACGAUGAUGUCCAGAGGGAGAGGGUUGCUGCUAAGAACACUCUGGAGUCUUAUGUCUUUAAUCUGAAGAGCACAGUGGAGAAUGACGACAUGAAGGACAAAAUGAGUGCAUCAGAUAAGAAGGCCAUUGUGGAUAAGUGUAAUGAGCGAGGACGCCGGAGCCCGGAAGAGGAUCGUGCUCUAGUGGAUGAGCCUCUGUUUGCUGCUGGAGCCAGCCUGUCUGUGCAGGCUUUUUUUCAGUGCUGUGAUAUUUUGAUUGACAAUGACUCUGUCAUACAACACUGUACCCACAUUAUAUCAUCGCCCGAGGUCUGGCUCUCAUUGCUGUGGCCCGCGGUUCCGGCUCUGAGCGCUGUGGCCCACGUUUCGGCUCUGAGCGCUGUGGCCCACGUUCCGGCUCUGAUCACUGUGGCCCGGCUCUGA